AUGUCUCUUAAACCGUAUCAACGUGAUUUUAUCGAAUACGCUAUUUCUCAUGAUAUUCUGAGUUUUGGUAGUUUCACUCUGAAAUCUGGUCGGGUCAGCCCAUACUUUUUCAAUGCCGGAAAAUUCAACAAGGGUAGCUCACUAGCAGCUAUUGGCACAUUUUACGCUUCAGUCUUACAAGAUACCGGAUUGGAGUUUGAUGUAGUAUUUGGUCCAGCCUAUAAGGGCAUUCCAUUAUCAUCGUCAACAGUGAUUGCAUUGGCCGAAAAAUGCAAUAAAGAUGUACCUUAUUCUUUUAAUCGAAAAGAGAUAAAGGAUCAUGGCGAGGGAGGAAAGAUUGUAGGAGCUCCAUUAGAAGGGAGAAUCCUAAUUGUGGAUGAUGUUAUUACAGCCGGAACAGCAGUCAGGGAGAGCUUAUCGAUAAUCAAAGAAUGUGGCGCGACUCCCGUUGGCGUCGUUGUAGCCGUGAACAGACAAGAAAAGGGUACCGGCGAAAUUUCAGCCGUACAACAAAUUGAGAAGGAUUACGGGAUCCCGGUGUUGUCAAUCGUUAAUUUAGAUCAAAUAAUUCAAUAUAUUAAAGAACAAGGUGAUUAUAGUGAACAUUUGAAAAAGAUGGAAGAGUAUCGAGCUACAUAUGGAAUUCAAACUAGUUGA